UUCAACAUUUGCUCUUUCACAUUGGUUCUACUUGCACCACACUUGCUGGAUGCUGCUUAGAGCUGGCUUGCUGCUGAGGCUGUCUGAACCAUGACCAGCUUCAGGGGUGCCAUCCUCCUCUGGACAGUGGCAGCAUGGGCUAAGAUGGACAAGCCUCAAGGAGAGGCAGAUGAGGCUGGAUUUCAAAAAUGCAAGAAGGCCUUAAAUCUACCUAUUCUGGAAGUCUUACCUGGAGGCGGCUGGGAUAAUUUACGGAAUGUGGACUUGGGACGGGUGUUGGACUUGACUUACACCGACUGCAGGACCACGGAGGACGGCGAGUACAUCAUCCCUGAUGAAAUCUUCACCAUUCCCCAGAAACAGAGCAACCUGGAGAUGAACUCAGAAAUCUUGGAGUCCUGGGUGAAUUACCAGAGCAGCACCUCCUUCUCCAUCAACACGGAGCUCUCCCUUUUUUCCAAAGUCAACGGCAAGUUCUCCGCAGAGUUCCAGAGGAUGAAGACUCUUCAGGUGAAGGACCAAGCUGUAACCACCCACGUCCAGGUAAGAAACCUGAUCUACACAGUCAAAAUCAACCCAGUUUCAGAACUAAACUUGGCGUUUAAGAAAUUGCUCCUGGACAUCUCUGACCGUCUGGAGAACAACCAGACACGAAUGGCCACCUACUUGGCAGAGCUCCUGGUCCUCAACUUUGGCACCCAUGUCAUCACCAGUGUGGAUGCUGGGGCUGCUCUCAUUCAGGAAGACCACAUCAGAUCCUCCUUCCUCCAGGACAGCCAGAGCAGCCGUAGUGCUGUGACUGCCUCUGCCGGAGCUGUCUUCCGAAACAUUGUGAACUUCAAAUUUGAGGAGAACUAUACCUCACAGAAUGCCUUCAUCAAAGGCUACCUCUCAAACCGCACCCACUCCAGGGUGCAGAGCAUUGGAGGGGUUCCAUUUUAUCCAGGCAUCACCCUCCAGACCUGGCAGCAGGGCAUCACCAACCACCUGGUGGCCAUAGACCGUGCUGGCCUGCCUCUGAAUUUCUUCAUCAACCCUGACAUGCUGCCUGACUUGCCAGGGCCGUUGGUGAAGAAGUUGUCUAAGACGGUGGAAUCUGCUGUGAAGCGCUACUACACGUUCAACACCUAUCCUGGAUGCACAGAUAUCAACUCACCCAACUUCAAUUUUCACGCCAACACUGAUGAUGGCUCUUGUGAAGGGAAAAUGACCAACUUCUCCUUUGGUGGGGUUUAUCAGGAAUGCACUCAGCUGUCAGGACAUAGGGCUGUCCAAGUCUGCCAACACUUGGAGCAGAAGAAUCCACUCACUGGUAACUUUUCCUGCCCCUCUGGCUACUCCCCAAUCCACCUGCUGACCCAGAUCUAUGAGGAGGGCUACAAUGACAUGGAGUGUGUCCGGAAGUGCACCCUCUGGGUCUUCUGCAAGACGGUGUGUGAAGAUGUGUUCCGAGUGGCAAAGGCUGAAUUUAGGGCUUUUUGGUGUGUGGCCAGUGGUGAAGUGCCAGAAAACUCAGGACUACUUUUUGGGGGCCUCUUCAGUGCUAAGAGCAUUAACCCUCUGACAAAUGCACAGUCAUGCCCAGCUGGCUAUUUUCCACUAAGACUCUUUGAAAGCCUCAAGGUAUGUGCCUCUCAGGACUAUGAGUUGGGAUAUAGGUUUUCGGUCCCCUUUGGUGGGUUCUUCAGCUGUGCAGUUGGGAACCCCUUGGUGGAUUCUGCCAUAUCCAGAGACUUAGGGGCACCUGCUCUGAAAAAAUGUCCUGGGGGCUUUAGCCAACAUCUAGCCCUCAUCAGCGAUGGGUGCCAAGUAUCCUACUGUGUCAAGUCUGGGAUCUUUACGGGAGGGUCUCUGCCCCCUGCCAGGCUCCCACCUUAUACCCGGCCACCCCUUAUGAGUCAGGCUGCCACGAACACUGUCGUAGUGACUAAUAUUGAGACUUCAAGCUCCUGGAUUAAAGACCCCCAGACCAACCAGUGGAGGUUGGGAGAGCCAUUAGAGCUUCGCAGGGCCAUGAAGGUCAUCCAUGGGAAUGGUAGUGGUCUGUCGGGGGGAGCAGCUGCUGGGGUUACAGUGGGGGUCACCACCGUCUUGGCAGUUAUUGCCUUGGUGAUCUAUCGCAUUCGGAAAUAUAAGAAGAAGGGAUACCAGGCAAUUGAGGACGAGAGGCAGAGUUUGGCUCCUGGUACUGCAGGGACGGAAGACAUUCCAGACCAAGAGCAGGAGCAGUGUCCAGCCUAAAUCUCCCCUGAGAAAAUGCUUCAUUUGAAGGCAGAGCUUCAAGCAUGUGUCUCUCAUUCCUUCUCUCUACAUUUCUGCCUUUCUAACUACUGAAGUGGCAAGUGCAACCAAAAGCAGGUAUACCUUUGGUCUCUGGGCAAGGAAAUUAAUAGAGUUACUUGGGCGAGUUUGGGGUGAGGACUGGGGAGGAAUUGUGACUUUCUAAGCACAAGUCAUUCUGGGGAUUAAAACAUGAAAUGGGUAUCUUUUCUCUAUGUUCACCAUUAAUUAUUUUCAUCUGAAUGCAUACAUGUAAAAAGUCGGGUAUAAGGUGGGAGAAUGUUGACAUUUGAGUUUGGAAAUGAUGUAUUUAAUCUGAGGUUGACUGUGGUUUCCAAUUCAAGAGCUAUAAGAAUUUUUAUCUUGAGAAAGAAAGAAAAAAAAAUAAUUUCUGCCUUUAAGUGUUACCCUCCAGCCAUUUUGUUUUAAAGAUAUGUCUGGAUCUCAUGUUCCCAGAGGCUGACAGAGCCUCUAGAGGACAUAGGAGUCCUGUUUGGCCACGGCUUUUUAGCUUUGAGGGCUCUGCAUUUGAGGGCUGUGUCAUCUCCUCUGGGCCAUCUCAUCAUCAUCUGAACAGACACAUGUUGCUUAUACCAAACCUAUGUUUUCCAACUUCCACAAAAUUUAAUGCUUACUUAGACUAGACCACCUUUGGACUUUGGACUAGUUCAUAAAGUCCUCAGAAAAUAUUUUAAUUUUUAACUUCUAUUAGGAUGUCAAAGGAGAAGGAAUAAUACGUAGAAAAGGAGUAAAAGAAGAAAGGAUAAAAACUGGAAAAGGAUCUGGUACUCAGGGGAAAUUGAAACUCUUACCCACAACCCACUACCUCGCUUCUUUCUCUCAGCUUCUCAUAAACAGGGCAAAGAAAAGAGCAUAGAUUUUGGGUGGUUUAAGUAUUGCAGUUUCCUGGUCUAUAUUACCAAAGUACAACCCCUUCCUCUUUCAUGAAUGGCUCUUGUCUUUCCUGACUCCUAUCACAUGCACUCCCUGCCUCACACACCACAUUCCAACAUGAAGUUUGCAUUUUUCUGGGGAUGGGAGACAAGGAAUACAGCCAAAAGGCAAAGUAAGUCCACAGCUAAGUUUUUCAUUUUCCUGAAAACCAACACAGACUAGACACUGCAUAUGUGCCCUGCCUUUAUCUUACCAGAAGCAAGGAGGCCAGCAUGAUCAAAUCCAUGCUAUUAAAUGAAGUGAAAAGGGCAUUCAACAACAUUAGUGACGUAUUUCCUUCAGUUCCAGGCUGACCUCCUGGAGGCACCCAACAGGAUGCAUGCCUGUUACCUGGCACUUGAGGCUUCACCCAGUUUUAGUACCAAUCUCACCUAACUACAAUGAUCAGGGAGACUCUAUCAGUGUUCCUCCACAACAUUUUAAAAAAGUUAUACACUUCUCACCAAAUCAAAUGUCAUUAGUGAGUGAUCUUCUGUGGAGGAUAGUUUGUCCGCCCCGGUUCACAUUCACAAUUAGGAGCUUGGGUUUACCACUGGUUCUUCUUCGGAGCGGCUUGGAGCAUCCCAGCCUGUGAGGCCACAAGAGGGAGGAUCAUCCCUCAACCGCUGCUGUGAUGAAGAGAAGUGACAGAAGUGGAGCCAAGCCAGGGGCACCAAUGUCUACAACCCCUUCACUUGACCUCGUUUCUUAAGCAUUAAAAUGUUCCUCUAAA